UGAAGAGAAAAAAAAAGAAACAAAACAAACAAAAAGAAUGUUAAAUAGUUUAAGCAGUUUUGCUGGCACUUGGUGGAACAUCAUCAAUGUGAGUGCUGCGACUGCUGGGCUCUACUGCUAGAGCGCCACGCUCCACGCGCGGGGCAAUGAAAUCACGGAAGCUGCCAAAGGGCUUCGUGCUUUGUGGCCUCAAUUGUCUGACCUUUGUGUACUUCCCGCUCGUCCUGCCCAUACUGAAAUGCUCGGCGAGUGCCGCGGCCGGCGCCAGCGCCAGCGGCAACGGCAACGGCAACGCGGGCGGCAAGGCCAGCGACGAUUUCGACUAUCGCAUGCAGCGCGUGCGAAAUGUCCUCAAGGAGGUGCCCCUCAUCGACGGCCACAACGAUCUGCCCUGGAACAUACGCAAGUUCCUGAAGAAUCAGCUAAAGGACUUCCACUUCGGCGGCGAUCUGCGGGAGCUCGCGCCCUGGUCCUCGAGCGCCUGGAGCCACACGGAUCUGCGGCGCCUCAAGGAGGGCAUGGUCUCGGCCCAGUUUUGGUCCGCCUACGCCCCGUGUUCCUCGCAGCAUCUGGAUGCGGUGCAGCUGACGCUGGAGCAAAUCGACUUGAUACGCCGCCUCGUGCAGCUCUAUCCGCAUCACAUGGCCCUGGUGACGACGGCCACGGGCAUCGAGCAGACGCAUCGCACGGGCAAGAUAGCCAGCCUGAUAGGCGUGGAGGGCGGCCAUGCCAUUGGCACCAGCCUCAGUGUUCUGCGCAUGUUCUAUCAGCUGGGCGCGCGCUACUUGACGCUCACACACACCUGCAACACACCUUGGGCGGACUGCUGCAAAGUUGACGAGCCUGGAAAGUAUCCACACAUUGGCGGACUGUCGCAGUUUGGCAAGCUCGUGGUCAAGGAGAUGAAUCGCCUGGGCAUGAUUGUUGAUCUGUCGCAUGUGUCGGUGCCCACAAUGCUGGACGCUUUGGCUGCCUCGCGGGCGCCGCUCAUCUUCUCGCACUCGUCGGCUCAUGCCAUCUGCAACAGUUCCCGCAAUGUGCCCGAUCAUGUGCUGCAGCGUAUUGCAAUAAAUGGCGGUCUGGUUAUGGUCGCCUUUUAUCCACAUUUCGUCAGCUGCUCGGGACAGGCAACACUGCACGAUGUUGUUGCGCAUAUCAACCACAUAAGGGAGGUGGCUGGCAUCGAUCAUGUGGGCAUUGGUGCCGGCUACGAUGGAGUCAACUUAGUACCCAAAGGACUGGAGGAUGUGUCCAAAUAUCCGCAUCUGUUUGCCGCCCUGCUCGAGUCUGAUAAAUGGUCAGAGGAGGAUAUUGCCAAGUUGGCUGGCAAGAAUCUCAUACGUGUAUUCAAGGAAGUCGAAGCGGUGCGUGAUCAAAUGGAACUGCUGCGUGUGCCACCCAUUGAUCAGUCAAUUCCAGCCGAAGACAUUAUGGGCCGAUCCUAUUGUCGCUAUCAAGGACCAAGAACGUGAUAAUUUCUUCAUAUGUAAAAGCUCACACACUCACACAUAUACAUAUAUGUAGAUACAUUUAAAUAUUAUCCUUUAAUUUAUUCAUCAACGAUUUGUUUGGGAUUUCGUGGGUGUUUUUUUGGGUGCGGGCGGGCGGGUAACUGAAAGUUGCAUUUGAACAAAUUUUUGCAGCUCAACUAAUAGAUUAGAUUCAACCUUUUUUUCGGGUUACCAA